AUGCCCGGACAAAAUUGGGGUACGACACAAGGGAUGUAUUUUGAGAAGAUGAUCGGAAGUUCGUCAACAAAUUUCGCUGAUAUGGUAACCAUUGGGGAGCGUGUAGAGAAUGGGCUGAGAUUGGGGAAAAUCAUAGACACGGCUGCACCGCAAACAUCAAAGAAGAGGCCGCAUGGGGGCUUCGCAAAGAAGAAGGAGGGGGAGGAAAACACUGUGACGGCGAGUGCUCGCCCCCAAUAUCAAUUUUUGAUGGCCCCUAUGUCGUAUUAUCCGUAUCCAUACGUCACCUUAGCUCAAUAUCAACAAUCGUCAUUCCAAUACCAACCACAUAAAUGUAAUCAACAAUCAAUGCCCGCUCAGAGAAAUCCGAACCAACAAUACAAGUGUGACGACAAAGGAAAAAAUCGAGGUCAGAACAAUAGAAACAAUUUUGGUAAUCGUCCCCAAUUUGAUAAGAUUCGGGUACCGUAUGUAGAGUUGGUGUCGUAUUUGAUCCACGUGGGGGCUAUCGUACCAAAAGAACUCCUAGCAACCUCUCCUCCCUUUAAUCGCAGUCACAAUCCUAAUGCCACAUGUGCUUUCCAUGCAGGGUACAUAGGACACUCCACCGAAGACUGUUGGGCUCUCAAAAAGAGGAUCCAAGAGUUGAUUGUCCAAGAUAUCCUGUAUUUCUCCGAGGAAAAGCCCAACGUAAAGACUAAUCCCUUGCCAAACCACGCUGGCGUAGCAGUCAACGUUGUGAUUGAAGAAGAAAAUGUUGAGUCUAUACUAAGAGCUGAAGAGGUGAAGACUCCGAUAAAGAAGAAGGUUGAAGCUCCUCCUAAGAGGACUCAGCCGAUUCAUUUCCGUGUUCCCACUCUGUUCCCGUAUCAGGAUACCAAGGCAGUGCCUUGGAAUUAUGAGACUACAAUGUAUUUGGGAGGAAAAGAAAUUUGCAUUCCUGACACAGAAAUCGUCAACAUUGCUGGAACGGGAGGCAUGACUCGGAGUGGCCAUGCAGGGGUAAUUGUACCUGCCGCUCCGAGCGUGACGACUGCUUCAGUGCUGACGAAGGUUAUUGACGAUAAAGCUGCAGAAUCUGAAACGUCUAAGGGUAAAGGGCCGAUGGUUGAAAAAGAACAAGUUGAAGAUCACAAGAAGAGCAUCACUUUUGAGGAAAGCCAAGAAUUCCUCAAAUUGAUCAAGAAAAGUGAUUUCAAAAUUGUUGACCAGUUGAAUCAGACUCCCUCCAAAAUAUUAAUGUUGUCUUUGCUAAUGAGUUCUGAGGCUCAUCGCAAGGCAUUGCUGAAAGUUCUAAAUUUCGCUCAUGUGAUGCAAGACAUCACGGUCGAUCAAUUUGACGACGUGGUUGCCAAUAUCACUGCCAAUAGGCAUUUGGGAUUUAAUGAAGCAGAGCUACCUCUUGAGGGAAAUGCCCACAACAAAGCACUACACAUCUAG